CGACGCUCUGCCCGAAACUGCCCAACCGAUCAACAUGGCCAUGCGGCUGGAGAUUUUGAUCCUGGUAGCUGCUAUUUUGAUCCAGCUUUUCUACGUGCAUAUCUACGAACUGUUCAUUUCACUGAAGGGUCAAAGUCCUGCAAAACCUCGAGCUGACAUCAUUGAAGUGAGUGAAUUUCACUCAUCCAAUUGUGAAGGGCCACCAGCACGAGUUUGGCUGAUUCGUCCGGGACCUCCGGGACACUCAGAGGAUGCACCCUGUAUCUCCAUCCGCCCAGAGAUGAAGGUGCCGGGUCAAGCGGCCGGAACUGCUGGAGCCGCAGCUGUUGAACAGCUUUAUGGGAGAGUAUCUUGCGAUACUCUGCGGCACGAAGAAGGAGGAUUUUUGGAUUUGUGUUCUGAUCAAAGCUGCAGCGAAGCUGGAUGCCAAAGAAUUCCCAGCGUCGGCGAAGGUGAAUGUGGCACAAGCUUUCUUGGUUUUGCUGCCGCGUCGUGGCGCUGCAUCAGCGUCGCUGCAGAUCUGACAGAAUAAAAUGGGCACUGGAGGGCACUGGAUACUGGGUGCAAUAGAGAAUCCCAUUGAAGGAUAGCCAGCCGAUAAAGUUGCUGUAGACCGGCUUUCAGGUUUCAGAGAGGUUGUGCGAGUACCAAGGCAAAACA